CUCAGCUCCUCCAGGCCGGCUGCCGGGGGCAUCCUUCCUUCCCUCCCAUCAUGGCCGUGUACCGCGUGUGUGUGGGCACUGGUCCCUACCUGAUGGCCAGCACACUGGACAUUUUUGUCACACUGGGGGGCACAUGGGGUGAGAGCCCCAAGCGGCUGCUGGAUCUCGUGAGCAGGGACUUCGCCCCUGGAUCGUUGCAGAAGUACAAGGUACGCUGCUCAGAGGAGCUGGGCGAGCUCUUGCUGCUGUGGCUCCACAAGGAGCGCUACGUUUUCUUCCCCAAGGACUCCUGGUACUGCAGCCGUAUCUGCGUCACUACCCCCAGUGGUACUCUUUGCCACUUUCCCUGCUAUCAGUGGAUAGAGGGCUACUGCACCAUAGAGCUUCGACCAGGAACAGCAAGAACUAUUUGUCAGGACUCCCUUCCCCUCCUGGAUCACAGGAAAUGGAAACUCCAGGCCCGACAGGAAUGCUACCGGCUGGCAAGUCUGCGCCCCUGGCUUCCCCGGCAUUGUAGACUAGACGUCAGCAGCUUUGAGGAGGUGGAGUCAGAUAAGAAAUUUGCUUUGAUGAAGACGGUGCCUUGUGCAGACCUGGGUGACAGUGGGAAUAGGUACCUGCCUGGCUUUCCCAUGAAAAUGGACAUCCCAUCCUUGCUGUCCAUGGAACCCAAUAUUCGUUACUCGGCCACCAAGACAACCCGGCUGCUCUUCAAUGCCAUCCCUGCGUCCUCGGGCAUGAAGCUUCGGGGGCUGCUGGACCACAAGAGCUCCUGGAAGAAGCUGGAUGACGUCCGGAAUAUCAUAUGUUGCCACAAGACCUUCACCUCAGAGUACGUCACUGAGCACUGGUGUGAAGACCACUUCUUCGGAUACCAGUACCUGAACGGUGUCGAUCCUGUCAUGCUCCACUGCCUCUCCAAUUUGCCCAGCAAGCUGCCUGCCACCAAUGGCAUGGUGGCCCCCUCGCUGGGACCAGGCACCUGCCCGCAGACAGAACUAGAGAGGGGGCACAUCUUCCUAGCGGACUACUGGAUCCUGGCAGAGGUCCCGUCCGUCCACUGCAUAAACGGCCGCCCGCAGUACUCGGCCUCCCCGCUCUGCCUGUUGGGGCUGAACCCCCAGGGGGCGCUGGUGCCCUUGGCCAUCCAGCUCGGCCAGACCCCCGGGCCAGACAGCCCCAUUUUUCUGCCCACUGACUCCGACUGGGACUGGCUGCUGGCCAAGACAUGGGUGUGCAACUCGGAGUUCCUGGUGCACGAGAACAACACGCACUUUUUGUGCACGCAUUUGCUGUGCGAGGCCUUCGCGGUGGCCACGCUGCGUCAGCUGCCGCUCUGCCACCCCAUCUACAAGCGCCUGCUUCCGCACCCUCGCUACACGCUGCAGGUGAACACCAUCGCACGCGCCACGCUGCUCAACCCAGAGGGCCUUGUGGACAAGGUCACGUCCAUGGGGAGGCAAGUCCUCCUCUACCUCAUGAGCACCCGUCUGGCCCACUUUACCUACACCAAUUUCUGCCUUCUGGACAGCCUGCGGGCCCGUGGCGUCCUGGAUAUCCCCAACUACCAUCACCAAGACGACAGCCUGAAGAUCUGGGUGGCCAUAGAGAGGUGUGGGCCCGGAACCUGCAGGCAAUCUGGCCCAGGGGCAUGGUGGACCUGUGUGCUCACGCAGGCUGGGGCGCUCGAUGCUGGGGGUUUCAGUUUUGUCUCAGAAAUCGUGGGCUACUGUUACCCCAGUGAUGCGUCUGUACAGCAGACGCAUUCGGAGCUGCAGGCCUGGGUUGGAGAGAUCUUUGCUCAGUCGUUCCUGGGCCGGGAAAGCUCAGGCUUCCCAUGCAGCCCGAGAGAGCUGGUCAAGCUCCGCACUGCAGUCACCUUCAACUGCUCCGCCCAGCACCGCCGCGUCAACUGUGGGCAGCAUGACUGUGGGGCCUGGAUGCCCAAUGCCCCGUCAUCUAUGAGGCAGCCCCCACCGCAGACCAAGGGGACCACCACCCGGAAGAGUUACCCAGACACCCUCCCAGAAGUGAACGCCACCUGUAAAAACAUCCUCCUCUUCUGGUUGGUCAGCCAAGAGCCCGAGGAUCAGCGGCCCCUGGGCACCUACCUGGACGAGCACUUCACCGAGGAAAGGCCGCUCCGGACCAUCGCCAUCUUCUAGAACCGCCUGGCUCAGAUCUCGCGAGACAUCCGGGCAGAGCGGAACCGGGGCCUGGAGCUGCCCGAUACUUACGUGGACCCUCCCCUCAUCGAGAACAGCGUCUCCAUUUAACCCCUUCCUCCUACCACCCGGAAAGCCCAAGCGUAAGGAGGCCCAGCUUCUCAGGGUCCUCAAGGCUCUAGCGUCUUCCCUGUUCUCGGUCAGCCUGAACUUUCUCUGCACGUGGGGACCUUUUCCACCCACGGUGGCUCUAGCAUCACAUGAACUGGGCCCUGAGCUGCCAGUACAGCGGUGUCCAGGGUGAGAAACCGCUGGCUAAAGUCAAACGCACAACAGGCCCUUCAAAAGGAAGGAACCCCAACACCCCUUGCCCUACUUUGGGCAGGCUCCUGUGAAAGCCUAGCCUACUCCCGCCUUCUGUGAAAACUCUUCCUCCUCCCAUUGGGCCCAGGUUGGGACUCUGAGGGCGCGUUCCCAGUCCUCCCCAUUCCAAAACUCCUUCUCCUACUUUGACUCUUUGUUUCCACUUUCCUCCCACCCUAGGACCAACCCGAUCCAACUUCCUUCUUUGGAAGAGCCUGGAAACUGGACAAGGAAGGAUGUGUGCCCUGGGUCUGUCAUGUGGUCCACUUUGACCCCAGCAUCUUUAGGGAGAGGGUUAGAAUUAGAGCCCAGCUUACCUGUACCUUUAGCUGUAGUUCUCAGGGCCCGGCUCCCUGGCUUGUG